AUGGAACAGCAAUUGGGGCAAGUAUUAUCUCAAAUGUUAGAAACUAUUCGAGGAAUUCAAGUACAACAAGCGCAAUUACAACAACAAUUACAAAAUACGGAUAAAUCGGUGAGUGGAAUUACAUUACAACCAUACGACGAAAACAAUGAAAGUUUCGCAUCGUAUUUACAAAGGUUAGAAAAUUACAUUAAUUUAAAAGGAGUCACAAAUGAUAAAACAAAAUCACAGAUUUUUCUGAACUGCAUUGGUCCUAAAUACUACCAAGUUUUACAAAAUAUUACAGCACCUGAUUCUCCGAAAACUAAAUCAUAUUAUGACCUGAUACAAUUAUUGAAAAACCAUAUCGCACCUGAACCCGGUGAAGUAGCCCAACAGCACAAAUUUUGUUUAAGACAACAAUACGAAUGUGAAAGUAUUUCGAAUUAUGUUGCUGGUUUAAAAGAACUAGGGGGAAAAUGUAACUUUAAAUGUGCGAGCUGUCAACACAGCACAUUUGAAACUCAUCUGCGAGUACAAUUCAUACGAGGUCUCCGGAGUACAGAAAUAAAAGAAAGAUUACUACAAGAAAGCUCAUCUACAAAAGUUGAUGAUUUAAUUAAGAUUGCAAUGGCGAUUGAGACAUCAAAAGCUGAAACAAAAGAAAUGUGUUCUGGCCAAUAUAAGAACACAGUUAUUGAAGGAAGAAUCUUUGUAAUUGACCGCGAAGUAGACACCGUAGUUGGAAGAGAAUGGCUUAGAAAAUUGAACUUAAAUUUUGAAUUAAAUACAAUAUACAAAGAAGAACAAGACAUAACAGAGAAAGAAUUCAAAUAUAAAUUACAAACAUUAUUAGAAGAAUAUAAAGAGUUAUUUACAGAAGAAAUAGGUGAAAUUAAAGAUUAUCAAGCAGCAUUUAAAUUGAAAGAAGGUUCAGUUCCAGUUUACUUAAAGCCACGCCCAGUACCAUUUGCAUUGAAAAAUCAAGUAGAGGCAGAAAUUGACAGAUUAGAAAAAGAAGGCAUAUUAGAAAAGGUUACAUACUCACAGUGGGGUACACCAAUUGUCCCCGUGUUGAAACAUAAUGGAAAGGUACGACUAUGUGCCGACUACAGAGCUACAUUAAAUAAAAACCUAGAGAAUGACAAUUAUCCAAUUCCCCGAGUUGAAGAGAUAUUUUCAAAGCUCAGCGGUGGUAAAUAUUUUUGUACAUUGGACAUUAACCAAGCGUAUUUACAUAUGAAGACAAGUGAUGAUACAGCAGAGAUGCAAGCCAUAAGUACAUGUAAGGGCACAUACAAAGUAAGAAGACUGAUGUUCGGUGUGAAAAUAGCACCAAAUGUUUGGCAAAGAUACAUGGAUCAGACACUACAAGGAUUAGACGGUACAGCUUGUUUUUUCGAUGAUAUCGCUUUACAAGGACAUUCAUACAUACAAUUACUACAAAGAAUCCGAAAGGUAUUUAAUAAACUUAAAGAAUGUGGAUUACAUCUAAACAGGAAGAAGUGUCAAUUUUUUCAAAAAUCAGUUACAUAUUUGGGACAUAAAAUAAAUGAAAAAGGAUUACACCCUACAGAAGAAAAGAUAAAUGAUAUAAAGAAUAGCCCACGUCCCACAGAUGUUACAUCUCUACGUACUUUCUUAGGAAUGAUAAAUUACUAUCAACAAUUUAUAUCUAAUUUGGCAUCUAAACUAAAUCCUUUAUACAAGCUAUUACAGAAAGAUACAAAAUUUAUAUGGAAUAAAGAAUGUGAACAAGCAUUUCAAGAGUUGAAAAAUGAACUAUGUGGAGAAAGAGUACUUAUACCAUUCCAUGAGAACUUACCUGUCACAUUAGCUACAGACGCAUCUCCUACAGGAUAUGGAGCUGUUUUAUCACACAUUAUGCCGGAUAAAACUGAACGACCUAUAGCAUUUGCAUCAAGAUCUUUAACUAAAGCAGAAAAAGGUUACAAGAAAGUUACACCAGCUACAACAGCCAUACGACUAGUACACUAUGCAAACUUUUUAGCAGGAUUUGACUAUGAGAUACGAUUAAGGAAGACUACAGAACAUGCGAAUGCCGACUAUUUUUCAAGAAUACAAUAUACAGAUACAACUGAUAGGAAUGAGACAAUGACAGACGAUGAAGCGUUUUACCUAAAUCAAAUUGCAGAAAUGCCAGUUUCAUUAAAGGAAAUAAGAGAAGCUACAGCCACUGACCGUGAGUUACAAAAAUUAUACAUAGAGAUACAGUCAGGAAGAGAAGAUACAGGAAGACUAUACGAAUAUUCGUUACAAAACAAUUGCAUAUUUUAUGGCAUAAGAAUUGUAAUACCUAAAAAAUUACAACCUCAAAUAUUAAAAGAACUACAUACAGCUCACACCGGUAUUGUGAAGAUGAAGGCGUUAGCCAGAAGCUACGUCUGGUGGAAGAAUAUAGACAUGGAUAUAGAGAACAUGGUAAAGCAAUGUAAAACAUGCUGUUUAAUGAAGAACAACCCUACUAAAGUACCUAUACACAUCUGGGAAUAUCCGAAAGAACCAUGGAGUAGAAUUCAUAUUGAUUACGCAGGACCAUUCAUGAAUCAAUAUUUUCUUAUUGUGGUAGAUGCCUACACAAAAUGGUUAGAGGUAAUACCUACUACUUCUAUCACAGCUACAGCUACUAUUAAUAUUUUAAAGAAAAUCUAUACUACGUUUGGCUUACCAGUUACCCAAGUAUCUGAUAAUGGAAGACAAUUUAGAUCAGAGGAAAUGUUAAGAUUUUUAAAGGAAAAUGGAAUUCAAGCAAAGUUUACAGCACCAUUUCACCCAUCUACAAAUGGUCAAGCAGAAAGAUAUGUACAAACGGUUAAAAAUAAACUUAAAGCAAUGAUGAACGAAGAAGGAUCUGUACAAUAUAAGUUACAAAGAUUUUUAAUGAUGUAUAGAAAAACACCUAAUAGCUCUACAGGGCAGAGUCCAGGAGAAAUGAUGUUUAAAAGAAUAUAUAGAACAAGAAUAGAUUUAGUGAAAAGAAAACAAGAAGUUAGAGAUUGCAACAAUGAAGAAUUAAAGGUAAACAAAGAGUUUAAACCAGGGGAUAGAGUACAAAUAAGGAUGUAUGAUAGUAACAAAUGGAAAUUUGGAAGAAUAUUAGAGAGAAAAGGAAAAUUACAUUACGAGGUGGAAGUAGAUGGAAAGAUACAUCACAGACAUAUUGAUCAGAUAAUAAAGACAUCUUGUUUGAGUGAGAACUUUAAUACACCAGAUACUUACCGACCAACGUACCUGCAAGAGAAUUCACCUACACCAGCUUCACCUGAAAAAGAAUGCAUACAACCUAGCCCUACAGUAAUAUUACAUACAAGUCCUACUCGAAGAAGAUCAUCUACACAGCCAGUAGAAAGUCCAGGAAAUUACCAACCAGAAAACCUUGUACCAGAAACAAUUCCAGAUACACAUGAACCUACACCGUCCAGAAUUGAAAUCCGUCGUAGUACUAGGAUGAGAAGACCUCCAAACAGAUUGAACCUUUGA